AUGGUUAAUCUGGAAGCAGAAGAAUUCCACCAUCCCACUAAUAGCUACAAGAUCAUAUAUUUUUUGGAUAUCCUGGGAUAUAGGCCAGGCCUUUCUACUCCUAUUCAGUGGUAUCAGGAGUAUAAAUAUAAAGUGUGCAGCCACAGGCAUCAGAUAGCAUCCCAAUUCUUCAACUGGUUUACUAAUCAAAAUGUUGCAGGCUCCAGAAGUAUUUCUGAGUUCCUCAGUAAAGAGUUGUGGCUCCAUCCUUGGUACUGCAGGAGGGUGAAGCUCCCUGAAGAGGGAACAGAGGACAGAUGA